UUGGUUCAGUCUUAUUUGGUUCCCGUAGCGGUGGCUAUUUCACAAAACACUUGACUGUUAAAAUUUAUAGAUUUGUAAUCAGAAGUGAAUUAAAGCUUUAAUCCUGGAAUUUUGAUACAGUUAACGUAACACCAACUCUUCUGAGUCCCCCUCCCCGCGCGGUUGUGGAAGAGCCACUGUCGCUCCAUGUGUUCGCUGCUCCCGCGGAGCUGCAGAGUAUGUGGCAGAAUAGUUCAGGGUAUCCUGGAACUGUAAGGGACAACUUUGGGGCGACUUAAAAGCCGAACCACAAAACUCGCACUGGUCAUUGUCACCUACUGCAGCUGUGAUAAUUGUUGCAACAUAUGUGGAAGGGUCCCCUUUCUUCUGAAUCUGCCAUGAAGCCCUGUUCGCUGAUGUGGUUCCCUGUAGCAGAGUGCUCCAAGCCAUAGCCGGCUACGAGAUCUCAGAGCACAGACAAGCAGCACCAAGUUGGAUUUCACAACAAAAUGAACAAACUGAAUUUUCAGAACAACAAAGUGAUGCAGGACCGUCGCAGUGUUUGUGUUUUCCUUCCUAAUGAUGAGACUCUUAACAUCAUAGUCAAUGUUAAAGCUUUGUGCCAAGAACUGUUUGUUCGGAUCUGUGACCUCAUCAGGCUGAAAGACUGUCACCUCUUUGGGCUCAGUGUGAUGCAAAACAAUGAACAUGUAUAUAUGGAAUUAACCCAGAAGCUCUACAAAUACUGCCCUAAAGAGUGGAAGAAAGAAGUUAGCAAAGGUAUUGAUAAAUUUGGUCCCCCAAUGAUCGUUCACUUCAGGGUACAAUAUUAUGUGGAAAAUGGCAGAUUAAUAAGUGAUAGAACAGCAAUAUACUAUUAUUACUGGCACCUAAGAAAACAAGUGCUGCAGUCCAAGUGCAUAUUACGUGAGGAGGCUUACUUCCUGCUGGCUGCCUUUGCACUUCAGGCUGAUCUUGGAAACUUCAAAAGAAACAAGCACUAUGGGAAAUAUUUUGAGCCAGAGUCAUACUUUCCUUCAUGGGUGAUACUACGUCGGGGAAAGGAAUACAUCUUAAAGCACAUUCCAACCAUGCACAAAGACCAAUUUGCGAUGACAGCCCCAGAAGCACAUCUUAAGUAUAUAAAAGAAGCCUCCCAGCUGGAUGAUGUGACAGCACAUUACUAUAGGCUGUAUAAGGAAAAAAGGGAAGUUGAAUCUUCACUCACCCUUGGUUUGACACUCCGUGGUAUACAGAUAUUUCAGAAUAUGGGAGAAGAAAAACAGCUGCUAUAUGAUUUCCCAUGGACAAAUGUCGGCAAGCUUGUAUUUGUGGGUAAAAAGUUUGAAAUUUUGCCUGAUGGCUUGCCAUCCGCGAGGAAGCUUAUUUACUACACAGGAUGUCCUAUGCGCUCAAGGCAUUUGCUACAGCUGCUAAGUAGUAGUCAUCGUCUCUUCAUGAAUAUUCAACCAAUUCUACGACAAGUCCGAAAAUUUGAAGAAAAUGAAGACAAGAAGCAGUAUCGAGAAUCCUAUAUCAGUGAUACACUAGAUCUGGAUAUCGAUCAGCUGGAGAAAAGGUCCAGAGCAAGUGGAAGCAGUGCAGGCAGCUCCAGGCACAAACGUCUGUCCCGUCACUCCUCAGCGAGCCACUGCAGUUCCCAUACCUCAGGCAUUGAAGCAGAUUCGAAACACAGGGACCUUGUUCCUGAGGAUGGUUUUUCUGGUAAUGCAGUGCAUCGUAGACUCAAAACUUGUAGCUCUAUGACAAGCCAUGGCAGUUCUCACACGUCUGGUGUAGAGAGCAGCGAGAAAGAAAGACUGGAAGAUGACUCACAGGAUGACGAAAUAGAAAUGUUGGUUGAUGACCCCCACGAACUUGAGCAGAUGAGUGACCUAGAUUUGGAGGUCAGCCCAGAUUUGUGCAUUCACAUAACCGAGGACAUGCUGAUGUCAAGGCAGUUUAAUGGACAUUCGGGAUUAAUUGUGAAAGAGUUGAGUUCAUCAACAUCCAGCUCUUCUGAAACAGUAGUGAAACGUUAUGGCCAGAGCAUCGACUCUUUAACACAGAAUGUGAGCAGAAAACCAAAGACAUCUACUGACAGACAUAGCCAGAGUCUGGACGAUAUUCGUCUUUACCAAAAAGACUUUCUGCAGAUAGCAGGCCUGUGUCAAGAAACUGCACAAAGUUACACAUUUGGCUGCCCUCAUGAGAUGGAUGAAGGUAGCCUUUACUGUAAUGGAUGCCUACCAGAACAAUGUAUUAACAUCCAUGAAUCCUAUCCAGUUAAGCGAACCAAUAAGUACUUCUCUCUAGAUCUUACGAACAAUGACGUUCCCGAGUUUGUAGUCUAAACCAUGCAAACUUUGAUUGACCUUGGCUGCCUACAUUAUCCACAAAGAUAUUCUUAACUCAUUUCCAGUAUGCUGAACAGCUUUUUUCAGUGCCAUGACGUUUUAAUUGCCACGUCAGAAAUGUAAGGGAAACACAGGAAUGCUUGCACUUAAAGCAUCACAUGUAAUGAUGGCUCCACUACAGAGGAUCUAGGAGAUAUGAGAGCUGGCAACCAUAUUGUCAACUAAACCAGCUGUUCCUUACAAAGGAACUUCAACCAUUAAUUAAACAUGAUGAUAUAUGCAUAAUGCAUCAGUCUCUGAAUGAAAUAACCUCCCAAUAUAUUUCGAAAACAAGGACUGUUUAUGGUAACCAUGUACUACUGUGUUUUGCUUGUGUUUUAAGUUCUGAGGAUUUCAGGAACUAGAUGCAAAUUGUUAAGCUCUUCAAUGGAAACAAAAGCCUUUGGAUGCAAUCUUCUAUAUUAGAAAGCCAAAGAAAUAAACAAUUAUGGACACAAAGAGUAGAGAAGCAAUAAAGAUGUGUUCAGCAGAAAGCUAUGCAUGCAAUAUUUUUCAUGGUAAGAACUGAUGUUUCUUACUGACACAGGCAUUGUAGAACAUUGGAUGCAAUUAGAAUAUGUUGCUUUGCAUUUUGGAAUCAUUAGUCCUGCAGUUCUAAGCAAUAGGCAUACUGAAGGCAAACCAUACAUAAGACCAGUGGAUUAUUAUGCAUAAUGCAUAACUGAAUGAUUGUUAAUUUAGUCCCAUCUCCGUACAGCACAAUGUAACAGCUGAAAGCAUCAUUUUGGAACCUUCUUGAACUAUAUUUCAUCUACAGGUGGAAUUACAUGUGAUAUUAGAAAAUCAAGUUACUAAGAUGUUUUGUCAUGGGAGUUUUCCAGUGCCAACAUAUAUUUUUACCUCACAUAUUUCUGCCUACAAAUUUAUAGAUCAAAUCCACAGACCAUUUCAGUUUUACAUACAAGUCUAGUGUAGAUUUGCUGAUAAUGUACCUCCUAGACUGGUAUGGUGUAGUUAAUUUGGACAAACUGGAAAUGGAAGUUUUUUCAUGCAUAUCUAAGGAACGAAUCAUUAUUUCUUCCACUUAAGAAUAGUAUAUGUGCGCUUGUGACCCAUUUGUAUGAAAAUGUGGGCACAAGUAAUCUUUUACAGCAAAGACAAUCAAACUUUCUUCCAUAAGUACUACCAUAGAAGAAAGACUUCAAGUUAAUGAGCCUCUUUCAGGCUCAUGUACAUGUAUGUAAUGUACAUACACAAUUUUUAAUUUCAAGAUGUUGAAAAACAGUCUUCUCUUUUACUGACAAUGCAUCUCAUUUGUAUUUUAAUAAUAGGAGUUCUUUAGAAAAUUUCAGAUAAAUUCACCAAACAAGUUACAUCUUCACGUACGGUGCAUUAUUAGCAAUAAAAGAAUAAAUAGCAGAACAUUCAAAUAUUGCUCAUUGGGCAUAUUUACAAAAGGAGUAAUGUAAACAUUAGAAUCUGUGCUAUAUUGUCUAUUUUGCUAAAUGGUUUGCUAGAACUAUAUAGAAUUUUAUAAAACAUAGUUGCCUGUAUUUUGCUAUAAAUGUUUUUUUCUAACUGGAGUAUUUUAAAAAUAUGAAUAUUCUUUUAUGAACAAAAUUUAUGUUAAUAUUUUUAUAGACUGUUAUUUUGGAAUCAUUUACAAAAAGAUAUGCUUCGCUGGUGUGGUAUAUCUAGAUCAGUAUUAUUGGUACAAGGAGGCAGUAUUAAUGUGGUAAAUUGUGACUGCUACGUGGAAGGCAGGGCUGCUUAAAAUGUAUAACUCCCAAGAGAUAUUUGGGGGUUAAGUGGAAACAUUUGAACUAGAAUGAUAAAAGUUAAUUUUCAUAUCCAUCUUACUUUGUGGUCAUUCCAUUGUGGUGUUUCUGCUCUGUGAAUAUGCAUAAUGGCCAGUGAAACAUUAUGAAGAUGAUUUUUUGUGAAUAGAUGGUAAAGUCUAAACACGUAUUCUUCAAACUUACUUGUCUUCCUUCACAAAUAAGCCAUAAUAUGAAUUCUACAUUUUUUUCUUGCUGGCAAAAUACUGUGGUGCCAAAUAGUUAAUGAUUCUAGCACUCUACUUUCUCAUAAUACUGACUUUAUAGCUUUUGAGACGAUACUAAACUCAAACAUGUUUUCUGCUUAAGUUUUAUAUUUUUGUCCUACAUAAGUCACAUGAAUUCAUUACUUAGAAAUAUUUGUAAUAAAGUAAUGCAUUUUUCUUUUUUUCCUCCAUAAAAGCAUUUAUAAUUUUAAUAUUAAAUGAAGUUGUAUCAUAAGUAAUAUAUAUUCUAAAUGACUUCCUUGCUGUUUUGUAAAUAAACUGUAGUAAAUCGUGGGUUCUGCUUUUAAUGACGGUGCCAUACAAUCUGUCACAGUAUGCGCAAAUUGUUCACUCUUUUCAUUGCAGCCUCUGCUCACUCUGAGGAUGUUAUUUAUUCUGCAUUUGUACAAGAUCCAUAGUAGAGUACCUUGCUGAUAUGAUGUUAACAAGCUUAUGCUACGUGCAUUGGGACUGUUUGGUAACUAUGGAAACUAUGCCUACACAGUUUGUGUACAGCCCUUUCUGUGAAAGGACUUUUUUCUCUCUGUUAAGAUAUAUAUGUAUGUUUAUACAUUUUGUAAGACGUAUAGAUAGAUUCGAAGUUGUGUGCCAUUCAUGGUACCCUUUUGCUAUUACAAUAAAUGUACAAUUAUCUCAGUAAAA